AUGCGUUCUUACAAGGAGUGGGCGCUAGCAGCCGCAGUAGCUGCUGCCAUUUAUUCGCUCUAUAGGAGCCGGAAACCACCCACCGCCAUGCUCCGCCCAAAAACCCGGGGUGUUGCAUCGCUCAUCGGAAAUACUCCAGUGAUUGAGAUCCAGUCGCUUUCUCGGCUCACAGGUUGCAAAAUUUACGCCAAAUUGGAGCUUAUGAAUCCUGCGGGGCUGGCCAAGGAUCGUGUGGCUCUAGCGAUUAUACGUGAACACGAGAGACUGGGCCGCUUACGUCCACAUAGUGGUGAUGUGAUUUUCGAAGGCACUUCUGGCUCAACAGGCAUUUCCUUUACGGUUUUGGCCAAUGCGUUGGGCUACACGGCGCACAUUUGUCUUCCCGAUGACACACUGCCUGAGAAAAUCCAGUUGCUCCGAUCUUUGGGCGCUGAGUUGGAGCCUGUGAAACCUGCUCCAAUCGUCGACCCAAAUCAGUACACGAAUGCGGCACGUCAGGGUGCUGAGCGCAUCAACAACGACAAAAAUGAUCCCCGGCGAGCUGUUUUCGCUGAUCAGUUCGAAAAUGACGCCAACUGGCGGGUGCACUACAAGACUACAGGUCCCGAGAUCUGGACUCAGCUCGAAGGCAAUAUCAACACAUUUAUAACAGGCUCCGGUACGGGUGGCACAAUUUCCGGUGUGUCUCGCUUUCUCAAAGAACAGGACAAGUCGAUUCGUGUUGUGUUGGCUGAUCCGCAAGGGUCUGGGCUUGCCAACAGAAUCAACCACGGCGUAAUGUACGACUCGGUUGAAAAGGAAGGCACGCGGCGCCGUCAUCAGGUGGACACAAUGGUUGAAGGUGUUGGUUUGAAUAGGCUCACAUGGAACUUUGCACAAGGGGAGCGCUUUGUUGAUGAAGCUAUUCGUGUGACGGAUUCUCAGGCGACAAAAAUGGCCAAGUUUCUUUGUGCAAAUGAUGGUUUGUUCUGGGGACUGCUGGCGGCCAUUAAUUGCGUUGCAGCUGUUCGGAUUGCCCAAAAGUAUGGUCCCGGACAACGCAUAGUGGUUGUGGCCUGUGAUCUGGGCGAUAGACAUCUACUGAAAUUUUGGAAAGUGGCCGCCGAAGUUCCAGCGACAAUCACACUCGAUGAAGUCAUGCAAUAG